AUGAAGUUCGUUCGCCGCCACCGCCGUGAUCUGCCGAAAAUCGACAGGCUAAUCAAGCUGCCCGACGACGUGCUGCUCAACAUCCUGGAGAGGGUGGGCACGCUCGACGCCGUCAGGACCUGUGUCCUCUCCAAGCAAACGCUCAAGCUGCCCGCCUUGCUCUCGCAGAUCGUCAUCGUCCCCAGCGCCCGCGAUCUACGCUGGAAGAACCGCCAGGUGGUCGACAUGACCGACAAGGUCCUCAGCACAAGGUUCCCGCACAUCCCCAUCCGCGCGCUCAAGCUCAGAUUCAUCAUGAGAGGCGACGACCAUCUCAGGAUCGGCAGGUUCGUCGCCCUUGCCAUGGCGAAGCAGAAGCAGAAGGUCGACGCCGCCGAGUUCGAGAUCCUUACCAAGAGGCAGCACAAUGAAUACAGCCAUGACGACCUCCUCUCCUUCGCGAAGCUCUUCAACGAUUUUAUCAACGAGUGCCCGGCCGCAUUCGCCGGUCUCACGCGGCUGCAUCUGCACAACCUUAGGUUUGGCCCGUCCGACGUAUCCACCAUUCUUGGCACUUGCACGCGGCUCGACUCGUUGUGCUUCUUCCAGUGUGACGCAGGGGAGAGAUCGGUGUUGACUGUUCACCAUGCUCGACUGGCCGAGCUUGACAUUACCUCUGGGAAAUUCUUAGAGAUAAGGCUUGGCCGCCUUCCCAACCUUCAACGCAUGAGUUAUAAAAAUUGGCACUAUGACGAUCAUUACCCCCUAGCUCUGGGUUUUGUCCCUCGGCUCUCGAACCUAGAUCUCUCUCGUGGAUAUACUAUAGACAGGGCUCUCGACCUAAGCAAGCUGCUUGCUAAGGUUCCUCCGAUAAGCGAUCUCCAUCUGGAUUUUCAAAGUGAAAAGAUUUGGAUUCGACCAGAAUGCCCGAAAGUUCUUGCUCCUCUGCUCGGCCAACUACGGCUUGUGAAUUUGGACAAUCUCCCUGAGGAAUUUGACAUCGCUUGGACCAUGUUCCUUCUCGAAGCUGCACCAUCUAUUGAGGAGCUUUCCAUCACAGUAUGGGGUCAUAAGUGCCAAAGGAAGUCGCAAAUAAGUUACCCCAAUAUCAUGGAUGUGAAGUGGGAGCCAUCUACUCCUGAUUUCAAGCACAAGAAUCUGGGCAGGCUAAAUAUCUACGGAUUCCAGUCCAACGACGACUUCAUGGGAUACGUUAGACGCGUUGUUCAAGCUGCCGUAAACAUCAAGGAGGUAACUCUGCAUCACAGGAAGGUGUGCAAGGAACUGGGGCUGAAGCUAGAGCACUCCAAGUUCCUCGCCGUGUCUCCUCUGCUGCCGGUGACUAGCCUGCCGGAGUCCGGUGAACCGCCGCCGCCGUCGGUCCUCGCCAGGUCGAUGUACCCGUCGCGCCAUGUCCUUCUUCCUUCCCCCUUUCUUUUCUUCUUCUCUCUCUAA